CAUGCAUUCAAGAUUCAACCUCAAUCAACACAUUUAGUUUGUAAACUAUAGUCAUGGCUUCAAACAAAUUCACUUCCAUAAUUUUGAUACUUUCUCUUCUUUCUUACUCAACAUUCACUAAUGCUAAUAACUGUCCGCCAUCACCAAACCCAACGCCUCCUCCAACUCCAACUGCUUCUCCACCAUCAUCACAAAGUUCCUGCCCUAAGGACACCUUAAAGCUAGGGGCAUGUGCCGAUCUUUUAGGGUUGGUUAAUAUUGUUAUCGGAGACCCUCCUUCGGGUAGUAGUUGUUGCGCAUUGAUCAAAGGUUUGGCUGAUUUGGAGGCAGCACUUUGUCUUUGUACCGCUCUUAAGGGCAAUGUGCUUGGAAUUAAUUUGAACGUGCCUAUUUCGCUCAGUUUGAUCCUUAGUGCUUGUCAGAAAACCGUUCCUCCUGGUUUUCAAUGUGUCUAAGAGGUCUUGUGUCGUUGUUGAAUAAGUAUAUCAUGUGCAUUAUGGUGAUUGUUUCUCGUAUAAGAGAAUUGUUUGCUUUUUAAAGAAUUGUUAGCAACACAUUCUCUUAACGUUUUUCGUAAAAACAUUUUGCUAUGUUAUCAAUUGAAGAGGUUGAAGAGCGUGUUACUACCAAUUUUUUAAAAAUUAUUAUUAUAAUUUUAUGUUGUUGUUAAUGUGGAGUUUGUUCAAACAUUAAUUUAUGUAGAUUUGUUAAAGUGUGUCUUAAACUAAUAAUUGGACAAGCUUGUUUGCCCAAAUAUUUCUCUUAUGUUUUCAGUGAUAUAUUAUGAAAUAUUAUGUUUGUUUGUGAAGUCCAUUGAGCAGCACAGCACUUUACUAUAUGAAUUCAAUUUCAUGAUGUGAAUAAUAAUGAUUCAGUUAUUUUUAA